GAGCUUAGUUAUACUCAGUAGUUAGUCUGCUAUGGAGGUUUCUCUUAUUUUUGUUGUCUUCAUUGGGUUGUUCCUGAGUCCAGCUGAUGGACAUGUGCUGGAUCAUUUCUGGGAUUCACCUGAUUGCGUCAAGUUUUUCUACAAGGAGAAAAUUCCAGAUUUGGGAGCUUUCCAGCCAAAUUUGGUCCGGAUUUGUCAACGCUUUCUAAACACCUAUCACUUCGCCACACUGUAUGACACUUACCACCGCAUUGCUGUAUAUUCCGCUUAUAUCUUUGAGCCAAGCAGUGGUGGAGGAAGAGAGAAACGCUGGUUUGUGGAGCCACAGCUGGUGAGUCCCGCAUGGUCCACUGAAAUGGAAGAUGGGUAUAAGCUGUCUCAGCAGAACCCAGACAUCUAUCUGGGAGAGAAACAGGCUCUGAAUGAAGACUACACAAACUCAGGAUUUGAUCGAGGCCAUCUAAACCCUAAUGGACAUCAUGCAGUUCCAAGUCGUAAUGCCACCUUUACCUUGACGAAUGUGGUCCCUCAAAACCCAACGCUGAACCAGAAUGCUUGGAAUAAACACGAGUCUAAACUGACCAGCUUGUUUAAAGCAAACUGUCAUCAGGCCUAUGUUCUGGUUGGUGCCAUCCCUUCUUCUAACAACUGGAUCAUCAAGAACAAUGUGAAAAGGGUAAACAUCCCAGAGUACUUGUGGGAUGCUUUCUGCUGCAUUGAUCAAAAUGGCCGGCCCAUCCUAAGCGGAGCUGCGACUGCCCUCAACACAGAGCUGAAUGUUGUUGUGGAAAGAAGCCUAGAUGAGAUGGUCGACUUCAUACAGCAGUUCUCUGAUGCACCGGUGAAUGAGCUGUUUAGCGGCCAAUGCAAAGCUGCUAACUAACAGCUUCAAAUAAAUGAAAGAAAUCUGUUAA